AUGUUUGAUUGCAACCAGUCGAAUAAGCGACCCAAGUAUGAUACAAAGCUUCUAAAUGAAGUGCCUGUUGUUAAGAGGAAGAGUAACAUAUUAGGUGGUGACGAUGACGAUGACGAUGAUGAUGAUGAUGAUGAGUUUCUUAUUGAUUUCAAUGCGCUUUCUUCCCCGGAGAGAGGAAGUACCAAUAAUACACUGAACAGGUCACAAUCUGCUACUAAGCCAGAGUCUGCUGACGUGUCACAUUCUGAUGAGUCAGAGUCUGUUUACAAGUCACAAUCUGUUGAUGCGCCACUGUUGGCCGUUGAUAAUUCAAAAUAUGAUAGGUCAGAUUGUGAUAGGUCAGAUGUUAUCCUGAAGAUUGCAAACGAUGGCUUACUUGCUACGCUUCAUCUUUCUGACGCCGAACAAGUACAAAAAGUCAAACAGAAGUUCUCUAGUUACAAUUUCCCCCAACCUUCUUCGUUGAAGUCGGAGCUAAAGCGAAGUGCUCAACGUCACUUGCCUUUGAUAAAACGAAUACUCCAUGGGAAACAUAAAGUGUCGAUUUUCUACGACAUGGCCAAACAGAAACAAGCUGCCUCCGAACACCAGACUAUCACCAACGUAGAGAAGCUAGACAUUGAUUGGAGACAAUUCUGUGGAGGUUAUUAUGGAUUUAAGAGACAAUACUACAUUGCAUCAGUGAUUGAAAAUAGUCUACGGAAUACACUUCGGAACUCUGAGAGUCGAAAUAGAACUAUAGAAUAUUGGACUAUUCCUUCCUUCACGGCUUAUGUGCUUGCCAAUGAAGUGAUUAUACGUUUGGUCAUGAAAGACAUGGCUUAUAACUACGAUCAAGCAGAAGCUUUGGUGCUAGAGACUUCCGAAUAUGGAUACACUGUUUCUGACACCAUUGACUUAGAUGAUGACUUGGAAAUUUCGGACAAUGAUGAUGAUGAUGGUGCUGCUGGUGCUGGGACUGGUCACUUUGAGCAAACCAUCGAUGGUGUCAAGCUGAAAUCCACUACGGUUACUUCCACUACAGGUUCUUUACUUGAAGAGUUGUAUAAUAGUGAUUGA